AUGCUCUGGUUCUCCGGCGUCAGGGCUCUGGCUGAGCGUCCCUGCCGGCGCUCGCCCGGGAUUACCUGCUGCGUCUUGCUGCUGCUCAAUUGCUCGGGGGUCCCCAUGUCUCUGGCUUCCUCCUUCUUGACAGGUUCUGUUGCAAAAUGUGAAAAUGAAGGUGAAGUCCUCCAGAUUCCAUUUAUCACAGACAACCCUUGUAUAAUGUGUGUCUGCUUGAACAAGGAAGUGACCUGUAAGAGAGAGAAGUGCCCAGUGCUGUCGAGAGACUGUGCCCUGGCCAUCAAGCAGAGGGGAGCCUGUUGUGAGCGGUGCAAAGGUUGCACCUAUGAAGGAAGUACCUAUAACAGCUCCUUCAGGUGGCAGAGUCCUGCACAACCCUGUGUUCUACGUCAGUGCCAGGAAGGUGUUAUCACAGAGUCUGAGGUGCGAUGUGUUGUUCAUUGUAAAAACCCUUCCAAGCAUCUGGGAACGUGCUGCCCCACAUGUCCAGGUUGUGUGUUUGAAGGUGUGCAGUACCGAGAAGGAGAGGAAUUUCGGCCAGAAGGAAACAAAUGCACCAUGUGUUCCUGUGUUGGAGGCAGGACACAGUGCGUGAGAGAAGUCUGUCCCAUUCUCUCCUGUCCUCAGCACCUUAGCCACAUUCCCCCAGGACAGUGCUGCCCCAAAUGUUUGGGUCAGAGGAAAGUGUUUGACCUCCCAUUUGGAAGCUGCCUCUUUCGCAGUGAUGUUUAUGACAAUGGAUCUUCAUUUCUCUAUGAUAACUGCACAGCAUGCACCUGCCGGGACUCCACCGUGGUAUGUAAGAAGAAAUGUUCCCACCCUGGUGGCUGCGUCAGAGGGGAGGAGAGCUGCUGUGAAGAGUGCCUCCUGCGAGUGCCCCCAGAAGACGUCAAAGUGUGCAAGUUUGGCAACAAGGUGUUUCGGGAUGGAGAGAUGUGGUCCUCUGUUAAUUGCACCAUCUGUGCUUGUGUGAAGGGCAAGACAGAGUGUCGAAAGAAGCAGUGUGUUCCCAUCAGCAGCUGCCCGCAGGGUAAAAUUCUCAACAGAAAAGGAUGCUGUCCUAUUUGCACUGAAAAGCCCGGCGUUUGCACGGUAUUCGGAGAUCCCCACUACAACACUUUUGACGGACGGACAUUUAACUUUCAGGGGACGUGUCAGUACGUUUUGACAAAAGACUGCUCCUCCCCUGCCUCGCCCUUUCAGGUGCUGGUGAAGAACGACGCGCGCAGGACCCGCUCCUUCUCCUGGACCAAGUCGGUGGACCUGGUGCUGGGCGCCAGCACCGUCAGCCUCCAGCAGCACUUGACCGUGCGCUGGAACGGCUCGCGCAUCGCGCUGCCCUGCCAGGCGCCGCAGUUCCACAUUGACCUUGAUGGCUACCUCCUGAAAGUGACAACCAAAGCAGGUUUGGAAAUAUCCUGGGAUGGAGACAGUUUUGUCGAAGUCAUGGCUGCCCCUCAUCUCAAGGGCAAACUCUGUGGUCUUUGUGGCAACUACAAUGGACAUAAGCGUGAUGAUUUAAUUGGCGGAGAUGGAAACUUCAAGUUUGAUGUGGAUGACUUUGCUGAAUCCUGGAGGGUAGAAUCCAAUGAGUUCUGCAACAGACCUCGGAGAAAACCAGUGCCUGAACUGUGUCAAGGGACAGUGAAGGUAAAGCUCCGAGCUCACCGGGAAUGCCAGAAACUCAAAUCCUGGGAGUUUCAGACCUGUCACUCGACUGUGGACUAUGCCACUUUCUACCGGUCCUGUGUGACAGACAUGUGUGAAUGUCCAGUCCAUAAAAACUGUUACUGCGAGUCAUUUCUGGCAUAUACCCGGGCAUGCCAGAGAGAAGGCAUCAGUGUCCACUGGGAGCCUCAGCAGAACUGUGCAGCCACCCAGUGUAAGCACGGAGCUGUGUAUGAUACCUGUGGUCCCGGCUGUGCCAAGACCUGUGACAACUGGAAUGAGAUCGGUCCAUGCAAUAAGCCAUGCGUCGCAGGUUGCCACUGUCCAGCCAACCUGGUCCUUCACAAGGGAAGGUGCAUCAAGCCAGUUCUUUGUCCUCAGCGGUGACCUUUGUUCUGCUCCUAAGACUUUGAAACCUGGUGUCCUUGACACUGAAGUGGAAGAGCCAAUGAAGGACUGCAGUAUUUGUGUGCUGAUUCUUCAAAUACACACACACACGCACACAGAGUAUAUAUGUGUACAUAUAUAGAUAUAUAGAUAUAUUCAGAAACAUUUCAUCAUUUAUAUAAACUAUAGGUGGAUUAUUAUAUGUAUAUUUUUUGCUAUAAAACAUGUAUUAUUUCUAGGAUCCUAAUCUGUAAGCCAUUGGAUACAUUGUAUAAAUAAGCCAGGUGUUUGUAAUUUAAUAAGGCAGCAUGCAGACAUAUUGGAUGGCUUUAACAUCACGUACAUUUGUCAUUUUUAAGAAAUUUUCUAAGAAACCUAAAUUGCCUGCCUGUAUUAAUUUUAGCUUUGAAUCAAGACUUGCAGUUGAGUGGAAAAUGUGUUUUUCUGGAGAAGGGCAAUGUUAUCUAAGGUCAUUUCAUGCUUCCAAGGAAAGGAAUGUAUGCCCAAGAGAGAUGGCUGGUGAUCGGUGACAGGCCCUAAUGGUGCAUGUAAAGCAAGGGAUAGGUUGUUAGACUUUAUUGGGUCAUGGUCCAAUAUUAGUUCCAAAACCAAUUGGCUAGUUGCCAAGAAAUAUAUAUUUGUCAGUGGAGCAUAACCAAAGAAUUGAAUGGUUUCUUGCCAUCUUUGCAUAUUCCUCGAGUCACCUAAUUAUACAUGUGAGUAUGAUGGAUGUGUCCAUUUAUAUGUCACAGUGAGAUUAAAGAAUGUUUGGGUGACAUGACAGUUUUAUUGAGCAUGAGCAGAUAUUUAGGGAACGUUUUGCACAACAUAUGAAAGAAUAGCCAUUUCUCUGACUCUCAGAGCAAUUGGGGAUGGGCAAAUAUAAUAAGUUGAUGUAAGCCAUCUACAUUUUGUGACUAUUCCAUGUGUAAAAUGAAAAUCAUUAAUUAUUUCUAGAGGAUUCCUAGCCCAGUGCUAUUUGGUGACUGUUAAUAUGUCAUGAUUAUACAAGAAGAAAGCCUUUUCUGACCAGUUGAUUUAAUAUCAGUCCAAACAAAUACUGGUCUCUAAUUUACUGGUACUUUACUACUGGUCAUCACAUGAGGUUCCUGACUUUUGUUUUCAGUUGAGUAAGUGAAAAUGUCAACAAAACAAAACCCUCUGAUGUUUCAAGAUACUAUGUUCCACAGUGUAGUCAAUAAAGGGCUUAAUAUUUAAAACAA